ACCAAAGUUCAGCAGCCUGCCCGUGCACACAAACACACACCGCACCGGUCUCGCUCGGUUGGUUGCCGUGGGUGAUCCUUGAAUUCGCGCCCGCAGGGAUCUCCCUGUUUGUCUAUCAGUCGGCCUGGGUCCGUAGCGACGCGAACUUCAAGGUGUUUUGUUCCUCUAGUCCCCUUGUUCCUUCAUCAGAACCGUGAGAAAAUCGCGAUGCCCAUUUUCCGGAAAACGGGCAAGAAAGCCAAUAGCUACGAAAUUUUGAACAACAACGUGGAUUACGGCACUCGAAAACUCGAUCAAAUGCCCAUAGCUUACAGUGAUCGCGCUAGUCCUUACUGCAAUCGGGUGGAUUUUAGUGACAAAACAAGGAGAGCGUGUCGUUGCAACAGUGCGGGCACUGCUGGGGCGUUCUUCUAUCUAUGCGCGUGUAAAGUGAUUUUCGUUGGGGAUGUGGCGACGGGAAAAAGUUCCCUGGUGAAUCGAUUUUGUCACGAGAUUUUCGACGCGGAGUAUCGCAGCACGAUUGGACUGGACUUCGAAGUGGAAAAGUUUCACGUUUUAGGGCAUCCGUACAGUUUGCAAAUCUGGGACACAGCAGGCCACGAAAGAUUCAAAUGCAUCAGCCAAGCCUACUAUCGCAAUGCUAACGUGAUCGUGGUGGUGGUCGAUCUAACCAGAGCCGAAUCGUUGAUGAACGCACGAAGAUGGCUUGACGAUGCCACGAAACUGAAUCAUCCAGGUGUUCUAAAAUUCCUAGUGGGGACGAAAAAGGAUUUGCUGGAUAGCGAACCAUCCUGGCUCCGAGAUAUGGAAAUAGAAGCUGAAGCGAUGGCAUGUGAUCUGCAAGCGGAGUAUUGGUCAGUGUCAGCACAAACGGGGGAGAAUGUAACUAGGCUUUUCCAACGGCUAACGGCCUUGGCAUUUGAUUCGGCUGUACAGCGACUAAUGGAGCCCAACAACCCCAUGGUUCACCCGAGUGGAAACAGUCUUUUAAAUCUCUAUUUCCUGAAAAAAGAUGAAAAAGAUAAAAAGUUAAAAAAUUACUCGUUUUGUAAAAUAAAUUAAUCUGUUGAUCAAAGCUAGCGUGGAUUUUAUUUCAACAAUAAACAACACCAAAAAACAAUCCGAAAAGCUUCAACACCAUCU